CGGAAGUGACGUUUGUAACGCUGGGCCGGGUUCAGGGAAGAUUCGGGUCCGUGAUCAAGGCUGGGCCUGUGGUCCUGGGCCACUAUGAGCUGCACCAUCGAGAAGAUCCUGACAGACGCCAAGACGCUGCUGGAGCGGCUGCGGGAACACGACGCGGCCGCAGAGUCGCUGGUGGAUCAGUCCGCCGCGCUGCACCGGCGGGUGGCCGCUAUGCGGGAGGCGGGGACGGCGCUUCCGGACCAGGUCGGGCAAAGGUAUCAGGGAGAUGCAUCCGAUAUAAAGGACAUGUCCAAAUUCAAACCUCACAUUCUGCUGUCCCAAGAGAAUACACAGAUUAGAGACUUGCAGCAGGAAAACAGAGAGCUAUGGGUUUCCUUGGAGGAACACCAGGAUGCUUUGGAACUCAUCAUGAGCAAGUACCGGAAACAGAUGUUACAAUUAAUGGUUGCCAAAAAGGCUGUGGAUGCUGAACCAGUCCUGAAAGCUCACCAGUCUCACUCUGCAGAAAUUGAGAGUCAGAUUGACAGAAUCUGUGAAAUGGGAGAAGUGAUGAGGAAAGCAGUUCAGAUGGAUGAUGACCAAUUUUGUAAGAUUCAGGAAAAACUGGCCCAAUUAGAGCUUGAAAAUAAAGAACUUCGAGAAUUAUUGUCCAUCAGCAGUGAGUCUCUUCAGGUCAGGAAGGAAAACUCAGUGGACACUGCUUCCCAAGCCAUCAAAUAACUCAACUUCUGAAUGACAGCUGGAGAUUGUUUAUCAAGGAAGGAAAUUAUCUUUCUAUUUGAGUAUUGUCCAUUUAGUGUCUUGCCUCAGACUUGAUUUAAUGUUUAUUAAAGGUAUCAGGUGGCAGUUUAGAAUUCGCAGUCAAAUUGGCUGUCCACAAAAUGGUUUUUGGGUGUGUUCGUGAAAUACACACUGAGUUUCACCAUUCCUUUCUCUAAGAGACGUACUUUUACUUUUCAGUUCUGGGACCUCAAUUUAUUAUCGGUUCCUUUUUGUUUCUUCACAUCUGUCAGACUUGGAGCCUUUUAUUAUAAGCCAGCAAUCUUUAUUUUAUAUAGGAUUAUAAAUUACACUUCUAAAAAAAUUUUAAGAGAUUAGCUUUUUAAAUUAUUUGGCCCAAAUCUAGAUUUUUUUUCCCCAUUUGUGAAAAGUAAUACAAUUCCACACAACUAGAUUGGCAGAUUGUCUGAUUUGUGAUGUCAUUCACCUCCUAUGAAGUUUUAAGUCUCUCUGGUGCUAAGAGUUGGCACUUUAUGACCUGGUGUCUUUACUCUUAAUUUGAGAGAACCUACUGCUAGUUCCCAAGAAGCAUACUUGAAAAUAGGUAACUGGAGAGUCAUCAUAUUGUUCAAAGAACCCUGGGAAAUUUGUCCUUUGUGUGACAUACACAUGUACUCUUCGUUCAGAUGCUGAAGGAGCUGUUAUUUAUUCUGUUAGAUAUUAAUAGUCAACUUUUCAAUAUUGUCCUCCUAGGUAAUCUUCAACUUGGAUGGUUUACUCAGUUGAAGAGCAUAAAAUGGGUCUUCUCACAUUGUAGUUUUUAGGUACUACAUUCUAUUUAAUUUAUAUAUAACUUUUGUUUCAUAGUUAAAAACCAUCACUCACUUAGAUGUCUUUCAUUACUAGUAUCCAUUUAUCAUGAGGAAGCAAAAUUUUAUCACUCAAUGAGAGUUACUACAUUUGUUGUGCUGUGAGGACAACAAAGCAGUGUUGAGAUUCAACUGCUGAGCGGUCAGCCAGACUUAUUCAUCAACUCACUCGCCUAUCUCAGUUUAGUUACAUGCCAAAUUUACAAAUUGCUUCAUGUUACACUAUCAACUCGGGUUUGCCCAAAAAUAAUUGAAAUAAUGAAUCCCAAACCUGUCCAUAUUUUCCAGUAGCACUGAGCACCAUACUGACAGGAGACACAGUAUUUAAGAGUUUUUUGUUAGUACUUUGCGUGAUGUAAAAUUUCUUUUGUACUUCCAUAAAGACUUAACUCCAGUUAAAACAAUAAAACAUCACGAAGAUACCCUAAAAGCAUCUGACCCCACUAACUUGGCCUAUUGUGGUCUUUAAUGAUAGGGUGUAUGUCAUUUAGAAACUCAAAUUUCUAUUCAAAGUCCUUCAUAGAAUUUGAAAAAUACUUUCACCCUCAAUGUAGGCAUUUUAAUCUUAUUUCCCAACAGGAAGUAAAACUUUAGUCCAGUCAUUUGGCUUGAAGUAUAUGCCCUAAGUGCCACUUUGUGUCCCAUGGUUCCACUCAGGAAGCAGGUACCCCUACGUGAUAUAUCAGCUGCCAUGGCCAAUUUUCAGUAAAAAUGAUAAAGUCAUCAAAUGGCCCAUUAAAGUAUGAGAUGGUGUCUCUUUAUCUGCCUUAUGUUCCUUUAAAGUUGUUUACAUCUUGGAUAUCAGGAUAAAUCUAUGUUAACUUUUCCCCCUGCCAAAUCAAAAGCUUGAAGUUUGAGUGAAAGAGCUCUCAGUGCCCUACAAAAUGUAUAUUUUGGCUGGUAUUAAUACAAAUACAGCAUUUCUAAUAAAAAUAUUUUAAGAAUAAUAGUUAAAUUUUACUCAGUAAUGAGUCUAAUUAUUAGGAAAUACAAAGGUUUCUUUUUUACAUAUAUAGCAACCUGUUAAAUAAACAGGGCUUUUCAUAAGUAUUUUGUAAUUAGCAUAAUGUAGUCGGCAGUAUAACUCUACAAAUAGCUGUUUCUAAAAUGGUUUUAGAGAUUUCUUCAUGAUUAAAAAUCCAAAAUUAUACAAUUAGAAAUCAUAUAAAGUUAAAACAGAGUUUGGAAGUACCUUGAAAAAUGCUUAAGUAGUACCCAUUUUUACCUUAAUAAUACCGUAUUUCGGUGUUCCUCAAAAUGGUUGGCUGACUACUGGAACAGAAAUCUGGGAAUGGGAUCCAGAAAUUUGUGCUUUAAUAAUUGUCCCUGAUAACUUCUAAGGAUACUAUUUUGAAAAUCUAGUCUACUAUGUACCAGACACUUCAUUUGGAGUUAUGAAUGGAAAAAAGGUAGGGGAAAAACCUUGACACUUUCAGAAGAAAAAUUCGGUAGAAAAGACCUAUAAUUACAGUGCAGUGAUACAUCUAAUAUGAGGGUGUACAGGACACGGAGGAGAAAGCUUGGUGCUUUCUAGUUAUCAUAUAAUCUCCAUUUCAACUGUACCUCGUUUUACACAUACUCAGGCACAAGGAGGUUAUGCUACAUAUCUAAAGAUUCCAACCCGCAGAGACUGUAAAACAUAAUUUAACCACUAAGUUAAGAUUCUUAACCACUAAGUUAAAUGCCAAAUACUGGUGGGAAUUCAAGUGGUUCUUGAUUAGUAAAAACUACUUUUAGUAAUAGUGCAAAGGAAACACCACAGCCCAUAUAUUAGGAAAUAGGAAUUCAAUAAAUGGAGUCAUAAUGAGCCAUAUUUGUCAUCUCUUUUCUAGAAUGAGGUAGCUGAAAGCUUGUAUGCGUGCAACUGACACAAUGUUUCAUCAGUGGUCUUACCUAUGUAUGGAAAAGUGCAGUUCUGUCUUUGAAAUCUGCUUCCUUAGCAUGUAUGGCUUUUCAUCUUUCAUGUUCUUGUGGUUGCAAGAGGUUGGUGCUGUGCCAGGUGUCUUGGCCAUAUUGAAGGCAGAAAGAAAGAGAGAAAUGGCCUAUGUCAAUGUGUGUAUCCUCUUUUAUGAAGAAACGCAAAUCUUUCCCAGAAAUUCCAGACAGAUUUACCUGUCUCACUUGCCUGCCUCUUUAAAUGGUUACUUCUGUCUGCAAGGACUGGGUACAUAGUUGCCUCAAAUAAAAUCAGUAUUCUACUAUCUAGGAGGAAAGAGUAUUGAGAAAGCAAUUAACGAUGUCUGACAAGUCCUUUUACAUUGAAUAGUUUUAACAAGUGAAAACAUUAGCUGAAGGUGUUGGUGUUAGGUAGCCAAGAGAAUGAGCUGGAAUGGCAGAAAACUGUCAUUUCUUUUUUGGCUGCCCAGUAUCCUUAUUCCUAUCCUUUUAGGGAAUCCCUCACCUAAUGAGGCAAAGCCUUCCUCCCUCCUAAGAAAUUUGAAAGUGUCAGAUAAAGGUUUUCCCAGUCUCUUUUGCAGCUAAGGAAGAUGCAUCUGUCUUAAAACUCUAAAGUUAGGCAAAAAAGCAGGAAACUAUAGAAUUUGAGUAAAGGCCUACAACACUGGUUACCAUAUGCAGUUCCCCAGAGGAGCUGCAAAAGUGGCUUGAAUAACAGUAACCAGUGUCAGCAAAGUCAGGGGUGUAAGCUGCCGUGUCCCUGCCACACAGUGGGAUCUUCACUGAAGCAAUUAUCUGAAGUGAUUAGAGGCUCUGUAGCCUCUAAUUCUAGUUUUUCUGGCUGUCUUAGUGAUCCUGAAGAUUGCUUAUUAGCGUUUCAGUAAAAUCACUUUUUGUUAAAGUUAA